UUCCACCCCAAUAGCCAGACCACUCUCUCACCACUGUGAGUACUCCUAGAAGCACUGACAAUGGCCCCUGCAAGCACUUUCACGCCGAAGGCGUCCCUGACUGACGCUCCUACCAACCUGAAGGAGGCCAUUGACUGGGUCCUGAGGGUAACUGGUAAGGAUGGUAAGAAGAAUGAUGAAUGCAUAUGUGGCCUGGCGGCGGCCGUGACUGACCUACUGCAGUCAGUACAACUGGAGUACAAUGGAUAUCAAGGAGAUACUAAGGAAGUUGACACCAGCAAAGGCGCCUCUGAACAGCAAGUCACAGACCGUCUCAAUGGGCUAUUCUCUCUGGUACAGGGACUAGGUGGUACUGCAGUGGUCCGGACCUAUAUAGACCAGCUGGCACAGGUACUCAGUGCACUCGUUGGGUGGAGUGAGAUAGUGAAGUGUUGGGGCAGUGGUGGCGAUGGCAGCUGCAAGGGUGGUGGUACGGGCAAUGAACACGGCCAAAAUGGCACGUGCGAGUAUCUAGAGGAUGUUAAGCCGAACAAACCAUGUGAACAGUGUAAGUGUAUGAAAUGGAAAGUGAAGAAUCCGAACACCGAUGGAACACCACUGGGAAGGAAGUGUCAGAGGUGUAGUGAUAGUGGUGAUGAUGAUACGUGUAGUUGUAGUCCUCCUGGUGGUGGCGGUUGUAGUCCUGGCAAGUGCAAAUGCGCUUUAGCUGGCAAAUGCUGCAAGUGUUGUUGUAAGGGUAGAUGUGGGUGUAAGAAGGAGUGUAGAUGUAUCGAAGAAGACAAAGACAAGGUCAACGACACAUAUAAGCGUGGUCACCGUAUAUACAAUGACUCGUAUCAGUCAGCAUAUGGAGAAAUGUCGUUUCCAUAUAUAGGUGAAGAAGGAUAUUAUCUUAUCAAAUCCGUAUGGACAGAUCUACUGGAGAGGGGUGGUAGUAUGCCCCCGUCACAACGUCGCCACCACUGUGCCCAGACAUUACUGGGCUCAGUAUGUCUCAUCUGGAGUGGCAUUACUUAUAUGUAUUGGACAGGCAAGUACCAUAAAAGUAGUCCCCGGUGGAACAACCACAUUUUGGAUGGUAGUGGUCUCGAUGAUGGUACCCUAUCACAAUGGCUACAGGCCCUAGGGUUUCCUAGGGAUAUGCUUAAUAACCAUGGUCCUGGAAAUAGAUGGGAUGCUAUUAUAUGGGAUGGGUUUAUGGGUAAGUUAUAUUUGGGAUUCCCGCAUACCAGUGACAAUGCUGCCCAUGGCAGUGACCAUAAUGAUAAUACAUUUAGGAGUCCAGCUGGUAUGAACUAUGCUGGAUAUAUACAUACCGUAGACAGGGGUGCAUUUGAUAGUGAUGUCUUUAAGGAGAAUGGCAAGGACAUUAACAAGAACAAGCUCGGUGCCAUUUUCAAGCUAUAUAUUCUAUCAUGUGCCUAUUUUACUGGGUUACAGAAAAAGAAUACCACUGAAAGUACUCCAAGAACCCCUAAAACCAUCCGGGAAAUCUUAUACUGGCUUAGUGCAUUGCCCUAUAGUCCGGCAUACCCAGAGAUACUGCAGCAUUCCAAGGAAGUAAUGAAGAAGGUAGCACCAGACGUCGGAGACAAAAAGCAACUUUCGUUCUACCAAACAGGCCGCACAGCACCCAUUACCGUUCAUGAAUUCAACCUGUUUGCCCACUUCCAAGCGGUGACCCAGUACUGCCCACUGGUCCUCAUAGGUAUCCAAGGAGGAUUACACAGUACUAAGGGCACUGACAAGACUACAGAACCACCUAUCCAUUCACUCUACGCUAACACUGAAUGCCACUUCACCUACCCAGCAGUGUCCAUCCAGGCAUACAACCAGGUGGUACACUACAUUAGGGCUCUGUUCUACCAGUUGUACUUCCUUAGGAAGCAAUGUGCAGUUAAAGUGGCUCUAGGAGGGAAGUGGCGUGAGUGUAGGUAUGGGGAUGGAGUGCUUGGGAGGGAUGUAGUUAGCUGGAUGUGCCUGGGGUGUGACCCCAUGGGACAUGAUAGGAAAUGUAGGGUAGAGAAGGUAAAGGAGGGGUUGGGUGGGGUAGUGAAUAAGCUAAAGGCAUUGGAAGGGGAGGCUGAGAGCACAGGGGGGAUCAAUGGGGUGAAAGAGUUAAGGGAAGGAAUAGAGAAGCUGAGGGAUAUACUGGAGGCUAUCGGUGAAGUGGUGGUACAAUUGGGUAAUGCCCAGGAGAGGUUGGAUAGGGGGAAUGCAGAUCUAGGGGGAGUGAUGAAUGCACUAAAGAAAGUAGAGGGGGUGAACAAUGGGACGAAUGAUUUCAAGGGGGUACUACAGGAGGUACUAGGGAGAUUGGAGAAACUGGUGGAGGCACUAGAGAAGGCGGGUGGACUAAAGGAUGUUAAGGAGAAGGUUAAGACGGCACUAACGGCGGCUAAGGAUGUAGUGGGGAAGCAGAACGGUACUGAUGUUGAUCCAUGUAAGAACCUAGUGAGUGCUGCUAUCGAUGGCUUGCAAAAGGCAUUGGAUGCAUUGAAGGAGGGAGUGGAGAAGGACAUAAUAGAAAAGCAAAGACGAUUAUUGGAAGCGAAAAAGAAUCUAUCGCAUGUAUUUGCAGUAGGUGUAUCGGUUGAUGAAGAGUACACCGCACUACUCAAUGCCAUUAACCAGCUCAUCUCCAUCUGCAACUCUCCCAAGUGCCCUGGAUGUACAAAACACUCCACCAAGUGCGGCCAAAAAGCAGAGUCCACUAUCUGUGAGAAAUGCCUCCAACCCACCACCACUGGUGUUCCCUCCCCCCUACAGGCAUUCCUCGAAGACAGGUUACCAGGUUUUAGUUGUCAGAAUGUAGUGGACCAGGAGACCGAGAACCCAGACUACCCACUCGCUGCAUCCCACCUAGGACACUGUAAUGGCUCAGGCCAAUGCUGUCCAUUGCCAAUGGGAUUUAGAAAUCAAUUCUAUAGUGGCAUCCGUGAUUGUACCGGUAAACGCCUUUAUGGAAUCCUCUACUUCUUCAGUAACGAGAACAUGAUGCAGUCUUGCGUUUAUACACUAGUGAGGGUCACUGCAGCACUCAGUGCCACAACACCACAGGUACUGGGUGAUGUCUUUGGGUUCUUUAGGGGUGGUGUAGGAGAGAAGGAACAAGGAAAGAACAAGAACGGGCAGGAUGACACGCCAUGUAAGCACGAAGGGGAUCCAUCUCAGAAAAAGGAUGAAGAAUACUUUUGCGGCUGGUGUGCCUCUGGGUUACGUGAUGAGGUAAAGAAGAUAGAGUGGGUACAAAGUGCACUGGGUGGAAAGGACUACAGAACGAGUGUCGGUAAAGCGCUAAUAGAUAUUAAGGGAGACAAGGGUAGUGUGAGUGCUCCAUUGUCCAAUCCUACUACCACCACCACUACUUCCCUCUCGACUCUCACAAAGGACUCCGAGUACCUCUCCCCCCUAACCGGUGAACUGUAUACAGCCGUGAGUGCCACUUUCGGUAACACAUACCUCUCAUGGGUACUAUAUCUAUCAGAUGCGCUUCAUUCAGGACUAGAGUCACUGUCUGAGGCAUUCCGUAAUAUUGAAUGCCGGGGCUGUAAGGGACAGUGUGACCCCAAUAAGUGCAAGAAGGGAGAGCACGGACAGAAGAGUGAUGCAGGUAGCGCCGGACUAUGCCAGUGCCAAUCAAUCGUAUCAUGUACCGGGGUACUGCCAGUGUUGUAUAGACAUGGAUUCAGCUACGGUAACCCAUUCAAUCUGGAGGGGUAUGAACAGAAGGAUGGAGAGACGGAGGGGGAUUAUAGUAUUACACAGAGCAGAGACACGAAGCAUUGCCACGAGUUCUUGGACAGUCUCAGUGCAGUGAUUGACAAGAACAAGCAGGCCACCUCUCAGGAACAGCACCCCCUCACCAAUCUCCUCUCCCAAGUCGGCAAGCUUCAAUACGACAUACGGCUCCCUUGGAUCUUUGUUCUCACGCUAGCAUGGCUAGUGGCGGUACUCUACCUAGCCUUUGGUGCCAUAUGGCCACUGGACUGGGCACAUAUGAGGUCACACUGGUUACGGGGUGGAGAACACCAGUGGCAAUGUAUGUGGUAUAAGGUGAUGACGGGGAGGAAGGGGGUGGAAUUGAUAGAGUAUUUUGGUAGGAGGUAGUGGCAAAGUAGUGGCGCCUUCGGCGCAACAGUGCUGUAAUGUGGUCGUUAGUAUCGUGGC